GCGUGUGUGUCUGCGUGUGUGUUCGUGCGCAUGCACGUCUGUUUGUGGCAGCCAUAUAGAACAUCAUAUCACACAUCACAAAGACCCAAGGUGAAAGGAAAGAAAGUCCUGUGUUGUAGUAUGUUAUUCUAGCACUUCAUGACCAUAUCCCUCAGGUUCUCACCUUGUGUCCGUGCCAACCCACCUUUCCUCCAAAUCCCAGUGUAUCCCUUGGUCUCCUCUCAUUGGUCAAGCUACGGAGGCAAGAGGCUAGCAGACACAAUAAAAGGGAAGAGUUUUGUUGUUGAAAUCACCAAAUGCAGGGAAUGGAGUGAACAGCAAACCAUUUAAUUUAAAGGUAAGCACAGAGUGCUUCAUUUGAGGUCACUUUGUAUGUGAGGUAACUUUUUUGUUUAGGCCAGUCCUCAGAAUUGUUCAUGAACUUAUAGCUACUUGUUACUAAAUGUGAUUUACUACCUUCAUCUAUGUUUAUUCUCUCUCUCUCCACUUCUCAGAUCAAUGCGCACACAAAGCCGCUGACAUGCCCUCUCUUCGUUUGCUCGCCAUUCUCACAACCCUGCUAGCGGUAGUCUUGAUGGCGACCCAGUCGUCCGCAACCAGAACAACCCGCAGACCAAAGCCUCAGAAUACCAAGAAGCCCCCUCGCGGAGGUGGUACCGGAGGAGGGGGAGGAGGUGGCGACCAGCCGGCCCGUCUGGGCUUCAGGCAGACCACCACCACCAUGGCCCCCUCCAGUAGCCUGGGCACCGACGAGACCACAGAGGAUACCAUGACGGACGCCUACUCCCUGUCCCCCACUGACAGCACCACCUACGCAGGCGACGCCUACCCCACAGAGUUCCACACAGACUCCAUGGGGCUCCCUGGAGCCGGCAUGGGAAACUACACCCUGGACUACAGCCACUGCUACUUAAACGUCUGCGAGUGCUGCCCGCCUGAAAAUGGCCCCGUGGGGCCCCCAGGGGAGAGGGGGCCCCCAGGGCCUGGAGCGGAGAGGGGUCUUCCAGGUGUACCUGGAGAGAAAGGUGAUGUGGGACUCAUGGGACCUCCUGGACUGGAUGGUAUGCCUGGAGCUACUGGACUUGAAGGAGAUAAAGGUGACAAAGGCGAUCAAGGAGACACGGGGAUGCCUGGUGCUCCAGGGAUACUUGGGAAAGAGGGACCGAAAGGUGACUUGGGCCCCAAAGGAGAAAAAGGAGAAACAGGCCUCCCUGGCUUGAAAGGAGACCUGGGAGAAAGGGGAAAGCCUGGGUGGAAUGGGACCCAGGGCGAGAAGGGUGACCUGGGUAAAAUAGGCCCUGCAGGUCCCUCCGGGCUGACUGGCCCAAUGGGACAGAAUGGCCAAAAGGGAGAAAUGGGGGAGUGUCCAACUGGCGAGAAGGGAAAGAAAGGGGAGGCGGGCUUGCCUGGCCCCCCUGGGCCGAGGGGGUUGGUGGGACCCCCGGGAGUAAAUGGAACCAAUGGUCUACCAGGGCCUGUAGGUCUGAGGGGUCAGCUAGGCUCCCCAGGAGGGAAAGGGGAGGCAGGGGGGCGGGGGCCCCCAGGCUUGAGGGGCAUGCCUGGGCCUAAAGGAGAGAAAGGCCCCAAGGGCCCACGAGGUGUGCGGGGUCCCAAGGGCCCGCAGGGGGAGACCGCAGAGCAGAUACGAUCUGCCUUCAGCGUGGGCCUCUUCCCCAGCAAGUCCUUCCCCCCUCCAGGCCUUCCCGUCAAGUUCGACAAGGUCCUCUACAACGAAGAGGAACACUGGGACCCAAUGCUCAGCAAGUUCAAUUGCACCCACCCUGGGGUCUACGUGUUCUCCUACCACAUCACCGUGCGCAACCGGCCCCUGCGUGCCGCACUGGUGAUUAACGGCGUGAAGAAGCUGCGGACGCGUGACUCCUUGUACGGUCAGGACAUCGACCAGGCGUCCAACCUGGCUCUGCUGCGUCUGGCAUCAGGGGACCAGGUAUGGCUGGAGACGCUGAGGGACUGGAACGGAGUCUACUCCAGCAGCGAAGACGACAGCACCUUCACCGGCUUUCUGCUCUAUGCCGACCCCAAGGCCUGACCUACGACCUCGCCUGUGAACCCGGCUUGACCUCUUCAUCCCCUCCAAACGCUUUGCACCACUCGGCUAAAUCAUCUCUGUCAAUAUUGCUAUUGCUACUGCUGCUAACUAUGCUUCUGCCUAUUGCUAUCACAACAAUCUGACCAAAUGCUUGCUGUAAUUUGGAUGGGAAAGGCUGUAACACUUUAUACAACGCUUACGCGCUCUGACAAUGCAAUAAAACACUGCUAAUGCUUUAAAUGAAUAUUGUGUGUGUUUAUAGAUUUGAACAUAUCUAGA